UUUAUUCUGCAUUUCAUUACAACUAAACCAGCAUUAUGAUGAAGUUGCUGCUCAUUUUCGCUGCCACGUUAACCGUAGUUCUCUCCGGUAGUGUCGACCCCUCCCUUACAAAAGGUGUUGAUCUUGGCCUUAAUACCGUCGCGAUUCUCGAACUACCCCAAAUUGUGGGGCAACUGGAGACCAACCAAGCCCUUCAAACGCUCUUCGGUGACGCCAAGGUUGCCACCCUGGUCGCCACUUUGAAAGGACUCACGUCCGCUGCGCAGGCGCCGUUCGUCUCAAUCGCGGCGUCUCUUGGGCUUGAAAUUGAGCAAUAUUGGAUUUCCAAUGUCAUUCUGGUUAAGGGAUUGACACUCGAAAAAUUAGACACAUUGUCCAAAACUCCGGGUGAGUUUAUCCUCCGGAAACAACAUAUCGUCACCAUUGACCAUAUCCGGUCUGGACGUGAGGAGAUUUCGAACAAUUUGACGGUACAGAACCCACAAUGGGGCGUGGCUAAAAUAAGAGCACCGGAAGCAUGGAAUCUGACCACGGGGGAAAACGCGGUGGUUGGCUUUAUCGAUACCGGUGUUAAUAUUGGCCACGUGGCGUUAUCAGAUGGCUACGCAGGUGCGUGGAUGGACCCAUAUUAUAAUACGCCCACACCGACGGAUGUGCAAGGUCACGGCUCAUUUAUCGCUGGAAUCGUUGUCGUGCGUGCCAACGGGAUCGGUGUCGCCCCUGGGGCGCAAUACAUUGCCUGUCGCGGAAUGAACAAUCAGGGGUCCGGAACUGAGGCGGCUUUAAUUCAGUGUGCCGAAUUCAUGGUGACGGCCACCCCUCGUCCCCAAGUUGUCCCAAACGCUUGGGGUGGUGCAUCUGGAGCCUGGUUUGAGCCAAUAAUUUCUGCCUGGCGAAGCGCGGGAAUCAUUCCUCUCUUCGCCAUUGGUAAUUCUGGGCCUAACUGUGGAACGAUUUCGGCUCCAGGAAGUCACGCAAGCGUUAUCGGUGCUGCUGCCACGUCAGACACGGAUGCUGUUGCCACUUUUUCCUCGCGUGGACCAGGCGCUGGAGGUGUACUUAAGCCAGACUUUGCCGCGCCUGGUUCAAAUAUUUUAUCGGCUGGGACCGGAGCGGGAAACUAUGUGACCAUGUCGGGAAAUGGAGCGCCACGUGGUUCUUCCAAAGUCGCAAAAUCUCUGCGGAAUCCUGAUUCAACCCGAUUGCCACGGGUAACAAAGCCUGCAUCACGAGAAUCAAGAGACUCGCGAGUAUUGGGAACAUGGCGUAGUACAUGAACGGCAUGUCGUAGUCGAGAAACUUUAUCGUGGCGAAGUUUAGCGUGGCUGAUAACGCGAUCCCAACCCCCAUCAAGAGAAAACUUUCCGUUGCCAUCAGGUCGGCUGGAAUAAUGACGAAAAGUUGAAUCCUUUUGAAAAUGAGGAUAGUCUUUUUGUCAAGAGUUUUCCCGGUUCUAGAAAUUUUGUAAGGACUUUUAUAAAAAUUGCGUUAAGGUUACAUUGGAUGAUGUGGGAUCGAUUUGUAAUCUCGCUCAACCCUUGUGUCAACCUCAAUGUCUUGGAUAAUUGGGGUUUUUUCAAGCUGUGCCGGAAUUGUCUGUCUAACGAGUUAUGACAAAAUAAGCAAGCUAAAAAAUACACGUUUUUAUAUAACCUUUCCGAUGAAUGGCCUCCUUGAAGAAAAAUAUUGGAAGCGGUAAACGUAAAUAAAGAUAAAUUUUGGUUAGGUUAAUACACAGAACUAUACUAUUAUAUCUAGAAGGCGUACUGGACGAGCGAUAGUAGCCACGUUAUGAGCGCCCGUCGUGGUCCUCAACCAAACUAAAUAAUACACUGGUGUAUUGCACACCAGCGCCACGGGUGGUUGUCUCGAGCAAUGUAAUACACAGAUGGGUAUGUGCGCCACCGUCGCUCCAGUUGAGACACUACUUUGCAUCUCAAAUCAGCAGGGGAGACAUACCCAUUGGGUUAAUAUUAAAUAUUAACCUUCACGGGGCGAAAAUCAAGUUAAACGUGUGAACUUUGACAUAUCUAAAGCCUAUUGAUAUAGAUAUGAACAGUUGUAAAUAUUUAGUUCAAUACAAAAUCGUGAAAUUGA